UCUUGUUAUGUUUGCAUAUAAAAACGCUCUAUAUAUUGAAGUUUUUCUCCUAAGAAACAUACUUUUAUACAGCAGAACUCACUCAAUUUUCACUUCACCACUUGUUGCAUGCCGGCUCACAUGGCUGGUUUCUGGGUUUUUUCUCUUUUCCACCUUCUCCUCUCUCUAACAACUGCAUCUCUACAUCAGCAAGCGUUCAUCAGAGCCCAAGAUGAUGAAGAAAAGCCAUCAACCGGCUGUGAUCUCUUUCGGGGAAGUUGGGUUUUUGAUAAUUCUUAUCCGCUUUAUGAUUCAUCCCAGUGCCCUUUCAUUAAUGGUGGAUUGAACUGCCAGAAGAAUGGCAGACCUGAUAAACUGUACCUAAAAUACAGAUGGAACCCUACUGGUUGUAAUAUUUCCAGAUUUAAUGGUGAGCAUUUGCUGCAAAAAUUGAGAGGUAAAAAGAUGAUGUUUGUUGGAGACUCACUGAGCUCCAACCAGUUUGAAUCAAUGGGAUGCAUGCUUCAUGCUGCGGUCCCAAAAUCCAAUUACAGCAUUGAAUCACGAGGACUGCUCACAACUAUUUUCUUCAAGGAUUAUGGAGUCUCAGUUUCUUUCUUGAGAAAUUGGUUUCUUGUAACCCAAGUAAACAGAACACUGAAACUUGACACCCUAAGCAUGACUGAACAGUGGAAAGAAGCCAACGUAUUGAUAUUCAACAGCAAUCACUGGUGGUUACACACUGGCAAACUUCAGACAUGGGACUACUAUCAAAUUGGUAACAAAACAAUCAAAGAAAAAGACAUGAAUCGUAUGGCAGCAUACAAAACAGCCUUGACUACUUGGGCUAAUUGGGUAGAUUCUAACAUUGAUACUGCCAACACCGAAGUAUUUUUUCAAGGAAUUUCUUCUAUCCAUAAUCGUGGCUCCGACUGGAAUGAACCACAAGUGCAGAAUUGCACUGGACAAACAAAACCCAUAGAAGGGUCGAAUUUCCGGGGUAAUAGACCUGCUGGCGAUGCUGUGGUGAAGAGCGUAUUGAGUAGCAUGAAAAAGCCGGCAUAUUUACUCGACAUUGUUUUGCUCACUCAGUUAAGAAAAGAUGGGCACCCAUCAAAAUAUGCUGAUGUGCCAUUGGAUUGUAGUCAUUGGUGUCUUGCCGGUGUUCCAGAUACUUGGAAUCAACUCCUGUACACAAUUCUCAUGGAGAAGUAAAUUUUCACAAUUUGAAUUUAA